UGGGCUGGAUCGUAUCAAACGAAAAAGGUAACUCACUCUAUUAUAAAUAAGGGAUAGAAUGGCGAAUAAGUAAUUGAAUGAAUAGAUCGUGUUUUCUUUUUUCUUGGGUUUUCGACGAUGCCAAGAAAGAGUAAAAAAGCUUGUUCGAGCAAGGUCGUCGAGGGGGCGAUGAUAAGGCUUAUGAGUUCGUACGAUAAGAAGAUUGUCCGUUUCGAUCCCGCAUGUUGCUUUGAAUCCGAGUAUAUCCAAAGGAAGCUAGCGGAAACAGAGAUAAGUGAAAGAGAGGGGCCGUUCGAAAUAGAGGAGGGACAUAUAGGGCGAGUUUUUACAAUCAUCGAUGUCCGAAGCAACAUCCUUUCAAUGGUUAAAGACUUUUGUGUUUCACGCUUCAAUAUUUUCAACGCCCAUGCUCAUGGUGAUCGUCAUCUCCUUUUAGACAAGUUGUUGGAUUUCUCUGUCAAAUUUGUCCAUAAAAAGCCACUAGUGCUUCUUGUUCUACUCAUGGAUGCUGCUUACAAACUGAGGAUCGGAAGCCUUUUGAACCUGACGCGUAAUCGUAUUGUUGACAUGCUCCGUGGAAAGUCUGCCGAAGAGAUUCUCAAGACCAUGAACCUGCCUGAUUUCACUCAUGAAGCGUGGGAAAAGCCCUCAAGAAUGACCCCUUCUCUUGAGGCUUGGCAUCAUGAACGAAUGAUCUGCUGAGUGUUUUUUAUUGCAGUAGUUUAGAUUGCGGAUGUCUCCUUGUUUCGGAUGCUCAAUAUGUAUGUUGCAUAUCACUUGAUUAAAUCUAAAGAUGAACAAAUGGGUGUAUGACACUGUUAUUUUUAGGUUACCUCUUAUUGUUAUAUACGAGUAUAUUUUAUUUAAA